AUGUCAAACUUAUCGAAACUUGAGUUUGUGGCACUUGACAUCUCUAAAAAAAAUUACUUGUCAUGGGUUCUCGACGCUGAGAUUCACCUAGCUGCUAAGGGUCUUAGUGCUACUAUUACUCUGGAUAAUGCAACGUCGAGUCAGUACAAGGCCAAGACUAUGAUUUUCCUUCGUCAUCAUCUGGAUGAAGGACUGAAGAUUGUUUUCCAAUUGAAAUUAUAUGGGAAAACUAUAAAUGAUGAGGACAUGAUGAAAAAAACACCAACUACUUUUCAUGCCUCAAAUGUGAAAAAGGGCUUUCAAAAGUAUUCUGAAUUGAUCUCAUGCCUUCUAGUGGCUGUGCAACAUAAUGCCCUUUUGAUGAAAAAUCAUGAAGCACGGCCCACUGAAGCUGUUCCACUACCGGAAGCAAAUGGGGUACAAGCACAUGGCCAGCCUGAAAGAUGGCCAGAUCGGGGUCAUAAUAAUAUGCGUGGACGUGGCAAUGGCAGGGGACAAUAUAAUAAUCGUCGUAGUGGUGGUAACCAAAAAGGGGAGAACCAAAUGGGUCCCCAAAACAAUCCCUGA